GCUAUUGUGCAAGGACUUUUUACCUACUUUCCACUCGCCCGUUAAAUCUAGCACCUAAGCCAUAUUUUAAGCGCAAACUUGCGGACCCUCCAACAAGACAAACCUAGUCGCUCUCACCCGGAAAAGAAUGCUCAAAUCCACAUCUUUCCAGCGCCCGGGCGUAGUGUCUAGAUAUCGCUGCGUCGCGGUGCAGUGCUCGAACUCCAAACGCCGCGGGCGCCCGGCUCAUAUGCGCAGCCCUGACGACUCUCCUCUACGGGAUGGCAACCGCGAUAGGCUGAUGGGCCUGCUCACAGAACGUGCCGCCAAGACGCUGGCGUACUAUCUUCAGGAGACAAACCACAACAUGCACAACUGGAUGAACCGCUUUAUCAAGGAUCACCCCAUCCCACGGGACGGCAACUGGGACGACGUGAGCGGCGACUCCUUCCUGCGCAAGCUGCUGUCCAUGCCCAUGGAGGAGGCCUCGCCAUGGGGUCGUGAUGAGUUGUUCCACAACGCCUCCCUCACGGACGUCGACCCGCGCAGCAUUGCGCAGCGGAUCAUGGAGAUCCGCACGCAGCUGGCGGUGGAGUUCGUCCAGGACCUGCAGUACGUGGCGGAGGACAACAAGCUGCUGCAGCUGGAGACACUGCAGGCCUCGCUGCUGAGCACUGACUCCGCCAUUGCGGACGGCAGCGCGGCCGCACGCCAGGCCGCCACCUCGGCGCCCGGCGGCGGCAGUGGCAGCGGCAGCGGCUCCCCCAGCGGCUCCGCCUCGCCCUCGGGCACCUCCACGCCCGGCGGCAGCAACACGCGGCCGCGCGACGGCGAUGGCGAGGCGGCUCGCAUGCGCAUGCGGGCCGAGAAACAGAACAAGGACAAGGCCAAGAAGAGCGUGCUGCCGGCCAGCGGCUCAACGCCCUCCAACUGGCGCCUGAGGCUGGAGGUUGAGGCGCAGGUGCACGGGGAUGACACCGAGAGCCCCAACGCGCCGCCCUCCGCCACCGGCAUCCCCGACAGCAUCCAGACCGGGCGCAUCUCACCCAUACGCCCCGCCGCGUCGCCCGCGCCCCCGGCCCCGGCGCAGCCCACCAGCCCCGCCGCCUCCUCAAGCUCGGAACCGGCGCCGCCGCCCUCCUCGCAGGCCACUCCCACCACCGCCUCCUCCUCACCCUCCUCCCCCUCCCCAUCCUCCAGUAGCACCUCGGGCGCCGGCUCCUCCUCCUCCGCUGCUCCUCCCUCUCCUCCCCCGCUGCACCCGGAGGUGGCGGAGAUGCUGCCACUCAUCCGCUCGCGCCCCAGCGAGGCGCUGACGCCCGACGUGGCGGCCAUGCUGUCCUCGCUGGCGCUCAUGAGCAACGGCCAGCUGCACCCGGACAUCGUGUCGGCGCUGCGGGAGGCGGUGGCGGGCGGCGCGCGGCUGCACCCCGAGAUGGCGGAGCUCCUGCGCAUGGACCUGGACACAGCCAUCGGGGCCACGGCUGGCGCGAGCAGCUCGGGUAACACAGGCAGCUCGGGUGCGGGGAGCUCGGGUAGCACGGGCAGCUCGAGUGCGGGAAGCUCGGGUGCCGUCUCCCGGGCAGGGCCGUCAGGGCCGUCCGGGUCGGCGCUGGCCGCGGCGUCUUCGGCUGCCGCGGCGGCUGCGGCGUCGUCGUCGGGCAAGCCGCAGGUGGAGGUGGCGGAGUCGCCGUCUGCGGCCGCAGGGCCUCAGGUGGUUGAGGCCAAGCAGGAGGAGGACGUGGAGGACGCCAUUGCGCAGCUGCAGAACGACACCUGCCUGCACAGCGACGAGGAAUGAGUGAGCGAGGACUGAGCUAGGAGCGGGCGGGCGGGAACAGGAGCGUGAGCAGGAGCCGGGUGGCCGCGGUUGAGAACGAGUCGCACACGGACCCGUGCGUCAGCGGCCCGGCGUCCGUUGUGGCGCAGGCCUCUACCCGUGGGUUGUGCACUCCUUGCCGCUACCGGCCUGGUGGGACCACGUCGGAUGGCCCUGCCAAGGGCGCUCGGGAACUUGAGGGGCUCUGGGCUUUAAUGGCGUGUUGGUGUGUAGGUAUGUGCGCGCGCUUGUGUGUCAGUGGUGGAGGGUGGUGGUCGUCGGGCGAGACGAGGACUGAUGUGAGGUCGCAGGCGGUUAGGCCAGCAGGCGGCGGCAGUGGAGGUGGCUGGUGCUCAAAAGGCUAAGCCGCGCCGCUACUCCCCCGAGUGCAUUAUUGCAUCGCCUAUUUCAUGCGGGAUGCGAUCAGUGGAUUGACGGAAGAAAUGGAGAGAGAAAAAUAUAUCGAAGAGUCUUCGCAAACAAGGCAAGUCCGAGCUGCUGGGUUCGAAGGGGCCGCUAUUGUACCAUGCUCUUGCCACGUGGGCUUGCCCGAGGCUCGAGCCACUUUUGCCCAAGUCGGUCACCGAUUUCUUAUUGUGUGUGUGAGCGCGUGCCAAGCAACCGAGUGUGUGUAAGUGUGUGCCCGAUCGUUGUUCAUGUUUCAUUCAGUUUGGUUGAAAUUGCCCUCGCCACGGGAGGGAGCAGAAACAUCGUGUGGUGUGACGUGGUGAGGGCUGCACGUGGGGAGUCACGGCGCGGCGGCACCCGUUUGUUGUUGAUGAUGGCUGCACGAGGUCCAGAUUGGCCGGUUUGCAAGCUAGGAGUGGGAGGCAACAGUUUGGGUAACAGGCGAGGCGAUAGCCAGGUCGACAAGAGUCGCGACCACCCCUGGCCUUGGCUUGGUAUAGCGGCCGGGCUCGCAAGGGCAAGCUCGUUUGGUGUACAGAGGACAUCUCGCUGCGGGAGGAAGGCGGGUAUUAUGAUUCCUACGAACACUGGGGAAGCAAUGCGGCUGGAGAUGGGGCAAUGGCGAACCAGUCCCCUGCGUGCAACGCAUGCGCCGGGGCGUCAUAAGAGCUGAAGCACCGCACACGGAGGAGACAGGCAUCGUGUGCCGUGUGCACUGCACGUCUGCACAUAGGGAAUGUGUGUGUUGGCUGACGCCGGCUGUACUUUAUCGACGGAUUGUAUUAUAACCCAGCUAAUGCGCUCUAGGUGAUUAUUGGGAUGUAGCGGAGGUUCUAGGGUGCACCAUUGACACGUGCGCGGCUGUGACAGGUAGUCCUGAGAUGGGAGGCAGGCAAUGCUGCGGCUUGAGCGCCAGCAAAGGCGGCAGGCGAAGGCGAGAGGCACGGAUGCGGAGCAUGUAGUGACCGGAGCGACCCGGACUGGCCGUGGUGGCAGUGGAGCACUGCCCGGCGCACUCUGUUGAUCACCAUGUCGAAUGUCAAGUGCGGGCCAUCCAGCCACACCACAGCGCUCAGUGAACGCACGGGAUGGGUCCAGGACUCCAGGUCGCUCCACGCGGCCCCCCAAACGCGCCAACAAGAAUGCAUUGGUUACAAGAGGGACUUGCUGACGCGGGUCGCGAGCGAGAUCUGCUGUGCCAGCUGUGGAGCUACCUCGGGGGCGUGCCACCUGCAACGCCAACGCCAUUGAGGCUACGACGUGCCGAACUGCCGAUGUCUGCGCAGAGUCGGGUUCAUUAGAAUACAUGGCCGUUGGGCUGCACCGCUGCAGCGGGCAUGUGACCUUGCAUGUGACGGCGUGUCUGCGCAUUAAGACACGCGGCGUUGCUGUGUGCUGCGUCUACACAUGCGCUUUCCCCCUUUAUAGCCU